GAUCAACAAAGCAGAGUUGUGAAGUUUCCCUGCCGGGCCAGGGUGCCGGUCAUGGUAGACCAGAUGUCCGAUGACCAGAUGUCCGUAGAGACGUUUUGUCUGGUUUCGCUGGAGUAGUUGGACGGGCCGAAAUCCACCCGCCGUGCUGUUUAAAUGGGCCGAAACUGUUUAAGGGUGUUAAUUUAAAUUUCAUAGAACUCCUUGUUUAGUUUCAAAAAGCUUGCAUGAACAAAGAUAAUCCCUAAAAAUCUAAAUCAGAGGCAGCGGAAAAAGGACAGUGUCUUCCCUCGUGUCAGUCCGAUGUCUUACCCUCGGAUAAUUUUGCACAUAGAACUUCUUCUACCCCUUGGGAAAAGAAAUACAUUGCAACAAGAUAAGUCAGUAAGGGGGCCUUCAUGUAGGACGUGCUGUCUAUGGCUAAUAAUACUGUGUUGCCUAUUUGAAACUUGCUUAGAAUGUGGAUCUUAAAAGUCCUUCCUCCUCAGGAGGGGAAAAAAAAAUGCAGGGCACUAGAUAAUUAAGUAAAUGCUAGGAUUUUGUUUACUAUAAAGCAGGUUAAACCUGGGGAGAUGAGCAUCUCAUCAAUUAAUAUAUUGUUAAUUUUUGUUUGUUUAAAAACAGCUCAGGCAGUCUGAGAAGGAAAGAAAAAAAUAAUUUUCAUGAAAAAGGAAUAUUUCUCCCUUAAAAGGAAAACUCUUAGUUGUAAUUCAAAACAUUUUAAUUUCCUUUUAAAAUGUAAAUCAAGCUCCUCCAGCUGAUCUAAAUUGGUCUAAGGGAAAACUCCACAGUGAUAGAGUAGCUCCAGAUCUUAGGAAGGAAACAGAAGACGACUAGCACUCGGAUUUUAUUUGUAGCAUUUACCACUUUCUGGAAUUCUCUUGCUCAUUUGCUGGCCAGCUUGUUGAUUGCCUUGCUUCCCUGUGCAGAAAGCAAGCUCGGUGAGCGCCUGAGGGAGGGAGCUUGUCUUUUUUGGUUCUAUCCCUGAGACCAACCGUGGCUGACAUGCGUGUUGAAGGUGCUCUAAUAUUUGUUUGGGAAAUUCAAAGGUGAAAAGAAACAAAAAACAACAACGUGGUGCUUGUGGAAAGGGAACGUGGGAAUGGAAGGCCACUCAUUGAAAAGGACUUGGCCUGGGCCUCUGUGCGCCGGGAUCCAACCACACGGGGGACAGAGUCCAAGCUCUCGCGCACACAGCAAGCAGGAGAGCUGGGCAGAGCUGCAGACUCAGUCCCUGCCUCGCGGAGGGAGCGCAGGGGGCUUGAGGGACAGGAAGCUGAGCCCCUCUGACGGUCCACGGGCAGAGGGGUAAGGAAGAAGGUGGGAAGCCCACUGCCUCCCGUGGUGGAGCCGGGCUGCUGUGUGACCAGGGGCAGAGUCGUCAUCUGCCCACUGAGGACGGGUGGGAGACGGAGAGCAUGCACCUGAGAAGUAGGGGAGACAGAAGCCGGAGGAGCAGGUAACAUUCCUCGGACUGGUGGCUGAUGAGGCAGGGGCCCGGUGGCUCCUUGGUUCCUGGGUUGGAGAGGGGAGUGUGUGUGUGUGUGUGUGUGUGUGUGUGUGUGUGUGUUCAGGGCUGGUGAUGGUGGUGCUGGUUCCUUGUCCAGAGAAAAGGAUAAAAGGACAGAAAAUGCUGGAAUUGACACCGAUUUGGUCAGCACUGUUGUUGGUACAGGGAUCCCUGGUUGCGUGGGCGCCUGCGUGCUGUGAUGGAGACGUGAACCGAUCCUGCGAAGGGAGGAAUCCACCCAGCAUGGGAAGUGCCAGAUGCCAGGAGAACUAUGUGUGGAGUUAAAAUCGCGAGUUGACGGGACAGCUCCUUUCAUUCCGGUGGUCUGUGGGGGCUUCUCUGUGGAGGGGAAGUUGUCCUGGGGUCUGAACGGCCCAGGCGGCCAGCAGUGCAGAGUGCCCCAAGCAGAGGGAGUCUCCGGUUAGGGGACAGGAGGAGGGUCCCCUGUGAGACCUGGCACGGACCAGAGCAGUGGUGUGGAGGGAAACCCACAGAGCAGACGGGCCAGUUGGGGCUUUGUAAGUUGGGGGAAAUUGCAUAUUAUGCAGGAGCAAAGGGAAGCUGCCGGAAGGUUUUAAACUACUGGGGAUUAUGGGCUUUGUGAUCCAAGAACCUCAUUCUGGCUGCAGUUCGGUGAGUGAAUGCAGGGGCUGUUGAGACGGAGGACACGUGGUCCCCUGUAGUAGGCAGGGCAAGAGACCGGGAGACCCGCGUGGCAAUGAAUUGUGGCUUUCGGAGGAGCUUGGAGGCAGGCGCAGGUGGACCGGGUGUGUGGGUGAAGGCAGGAGAGGGCCGGAGGGGUGCCUGGGCUUUCGGUGCGGCAGCUGGGCACGGGCCGGGCUGUGCGAGGGCGCAGCCGGCAGGCUCCGAGUGCCGCCUGACGGAGUCGCCAGCAGACAGCUGUGCGCUGCGGUGGCGUCCCCCGCAGGGGGUGUGGAAUGACAGGGGGGCUCUCUGGGCAGCCGCAGAAGGAGUGGGGUGGGAGAUGAGGCUCUGUGACUUCUUGGGAGCAGGAGAAGCCGCAGUUCUGAAUGGAAACCUGCCGUGACCUGGGGGAGCAGGAGGGGCAGAAGACUGUGACAGAAGUGGAAGGAAGAACCAUGGAGAACCCAGAGGAGGAGUGAGCCCGAGAGGCGGGAGAUGGCAGAGACCGCGUCCUGGAAUCGCGAGCGGGCACUGCUGCGCGGAGGAAGCCAGACGCCCCGGAGAUCGAGUUUGACAGAUGAAAAAGUGAAGGCGUAUCUUUCUCUCCAUCCCCAGGUGUUGGACGAGUUUGUAUCUGAAAGUGUUAGUGCAGAGACUGUAGAAAAAUGGCUGAAGAGGAAAAACAACAAACCAGAAGAUGAGUCGGCUCCUAAGGAGGUCAGCAGGUACCAAGACACGAAUAUGCAGGGAGUUGUGUAUGAACUCAACAGCUACAUAGAACAGCGGUUGGAUACAGGAGGAGACAACCAGCUACUCCUCUAUGAAUUGAGUAGCAUCAUUAAAAUAGCCACAAAAGCUGAUGGAUUUGCACUGUAUUUCCUUGGAGAGUGCAAUAAUAGUCUGUGCGUCUUCACUCCGCCUGGAAUCAAAGAAGGAAAACCCCGGCUCAUCCCUGCUGGGCCCAUUGCCCAGGGAACCACCACCUCUGCCUACGUGGCCAAGUCCAGAAAAACAUUGCUAGUGGAGGACAUCCUUGGGGAUGAGCGAUUUCCGAGAGGUACUGGACUGGAGUCGGGGACUCGCAUCCAGUCGGUGCUCUGUUUACCGAUUGUCACUGCCAUUGGCGAUUUGAUCGGCGUCCUCGAGCUGUAUCGGCACUGGGGCAAAGAAGCCUUCUGUAUGAGCCACCAGGAGGUCGCGACAGCCAAUCUCGCCUGGGCUUCAGUAGCAAUACAUCAGGUGCAGGUAUGCAGAGGCCUUGCUAAACAGACGGAACUGAAUGACUUCCUACUUGAUGUGUCCAAGACAUAUUUUGAUAACAUAGUCGCAAUAGACUCUCUACUUGAACACAUAAUGAUAUAUGCAAAAAAUCUGGUGAAUGCAGACCGCUGUGCACUUUUCCAGGUAGACCAUAAGAACAAGGAGUUAUAUUCAGACCUUUUUGAUAUUGGAGAGGAAAAGGAAGGAAAACCCAUCUUCAAGAAGACCAAAGAGAUAAGAUUUUCAAUUGAGAAAGGAAUUGCCGGUCAGGUAGCAAGAACAGGGGAAGUCCUGAACAUUCCAGAUGCCUAUGCAGACCCACGCUUCAACAGGGAAGUGGACUUGUACACGGGGUACACGACCCGGAAUAUCCUGUGCAUGCCCAUCGUGAGCCGAGGCAGCGUGAUCGGCGUGGUGCAGAUGGUGAACAAGAUCAGCGGCAGUGCCUUCUCGAAAACGGACGAGAACAACUUCAAGAUGUUCGCCGUCUUCUGUGCUUUAGCCUUACACUGUGCCAAUAUGUACCACCGAAUCCGCCAUUCCGAGUGCAUUUACCGGGUGACGAUGGAGAAGCUGUCCUACCACAGCAUCUGCACGGCCGAGGAGUGGCAGGACCUCAUGCGCUUCAGCCUCCCCGUGCGCCUCUGCAAGGAGAUCGAACUAUUCCACUUUGACAUUGGUCCUUUUGAAAACAUGUGGCCUGGAAUUUUUGUGUACAUGGUCCAUCGGUCCUGUGGGACAUCCUGCUUUGAGCUUGAAAAGUUGUGUCGCUUUAUUAUGUCUGUGAAGAAGAACUACCGGCGGGUGCCGUACCACAACUGGAAGCACGCCGUCACCGUGGCACACUGCAUGUACGCCAUCCUGCAGAACAACCACGGGCUCUUCACCGACCUGGAGCGCAAAGGACUGCUGAUCGCGUGCCUGUGUCAUGACCUGGACCACAGAGGCUUCAGCAACAGCUACCUGCAGAAGUUCGACCACCCCCUGGCGGCUCUCUACUCCACGUCCACCAUGGAGCAGCACCACUUCUCCCAGACCGUGUCCAUCCUCCAGUUGGAAGGGCACAAUAUCUUCUCCACCCUGAGCUCCAGUGAAUAUGAACAGGUGCUUGAGAUCAUCCGCAAAGCCAUCAUUGCCACAGACCUUGCUCUGUACUUUGGAAACAGGAAACAGUUGGAAGAGAUGUACCAGACCGGAUCGCUAAACCUUAAUAAUCAAUCACAUAGAGAUCGUGUCAUUGGUCUGAUGAUGACUGCCUGUGAUCUUUGCUCUGUAACAAAACUAUGGCCGGUUACAAAAUUGACAGCAAAUGAUAUAUAUGCAGAGUUUUGGGCUGAGGGUGAUGAGAUGAAGAAGCUGGGAAUACAGCCCAUUCCCAUGAUGGACAGAGACAAGAAAGAUGAGGUCCCACAAGGCCAGCUGGGCUUCUACAACGCCGUGGCCAUCCCCUGCUACACCACGCUCACGCAGAUCUUCCCGCCCACCGAGCCGCUCCUCAAAGCCUGCAGGAACAACCUCAGCCAGUGGGAGAAGGUGAUCCGAGGGGAGGAGAGCGCCGUGUGGGCCUCAUCCCGGCCCGCGGCCCCGGGGCCGUCGGAGAAGCUGCCCGUGAAGGUCGACGACUGAGGCCCCGCGAGCCGCCCCGCCUACACCUGCUCGUCCCGCUUCCUUGACUUUUCUUCCUUUUCUUUUCGUGGGGGGAAACCUACACCGGGUGACUCGGGCACAAGCCUCUCGAAGAAGGUGGCAUCCGGAGAACACGUCAAGCCGAUGACUCCCCGCCAGGCUCCUCUGUGACGCGCCGGAGACCGCGACCGCCCAGGACCACCCCGUGGCCGCCCCGGGGGCUCCGUCUGAGCCGUGAACUGGCCUUUUCUAACAGGCGCGCGUGGCUGAGGCCUUAGUGGACACGGACGAGAAUUACUCAGAAGGGGGUACUUUUCCACUGUAUCUUUCUAGGGAGGGGUUAACAUGGUACUAUUAUGGUAUUGUGCUUUGGCUUAAACACCAAUGUUGCUUUGAUGUUGUUGGUUAUAAAUAGGAAUUUUUACACAUUACUGUUGUGAAUGUUUGUGUGUGACCUACUCGUAAUUAGCGUGAAUUAUAGCAGACAGCCUCGGGACAAGCGUCACUGAGGUGACAGUAAGUGUCUUUCUGCAAUCAGUGAUGGAGACUAGAUUCCUGUUUCAGAGCCUCAUGAAUUAAAAGCGAGGUGGACGAAAAGUGUGUUCUUCAAGUUUAUACUAAGGGGCUUGGAUGAGUAGAUUUGCACUAAAGGAAGUAGCCCUUCUAUCCUCUUGAGAAGAGAUGCAGAUACACAUCAGAAUAAAUCUCAGAACUCCAAGUAUCAGUUCAAAAUAUGUCCAAGAAUGUUUUUUUAUUUUUUGUUUCCUUCAUUGUAGGCACGUUUUCUAAACCCUUUGCAUAAAGAGCAACAACAACAAAAAUAAGCCAGGCAUAUGAAUUGUUCUUAACAGGUCUUACGGGAUGUCAAAUGUGAAUUUUAAUAAUGAUUUCUUUAUAUUUUCACUUGGUGUCAUUGCAAAAUUUUAGACUCACAUUCAAAGUGAGAGGUUUAUUCUAUGAAUUAUUUAAUUAAAACACCAUACAUUUCUCCUAAAACCGAAUUAAACCAUACAAUUUAAGUCUUGUGUAAUUUUUACUUUGCUCUGCUGCACCCAUGCCCCAGUCCGGCCCCUGCUUUGUGCUCCCCGGUCACGCUUCCCAAGUGCUCUGUCCACCGCGGGAGGGAGGGGAACACAGUGCGAACGCGUCGUGGCGCGGUUCUGUUCUCUCUCCUCUGCUCCAGUAGCAAGCGUCUACAUCCAAACCUGUAGUUUGGACAGUCUUCUGUAUAAUUUUUGUAGACUAAUAUUACUCUACAAUGUAAGUGUUCGGAAAAAAAAAAAACAAAAACCCACACAAAAGUAGAGGUCUGGACCCCUUCCUGCGAGGAUUAUAAGCCAGUUACUUCUGGUGCACAUGAAAGCUGUCGAGAUCUUAGCACAAUGGCAAGGUCACCUCCGGAGCUGUGUUUAGUCCUGACCUGAAGGACUGAGAGAACUAGAGUCUCAAGAAGUGAUCAGCAGAUCCGUAACAAACAGCUUAUCUGCUGUUCACUUGGCAGGAAACUGGAAUAUUACUUUUGAUAAAAUAAAUUUUUAAAAUAAUGCUUUUACAUAUUCAGUACUGUACACAUUGUUAUCCAUAUGGUUUUUGCAAAAAGAAAUCACAUGUUCCCACAACAUGACUUAAGUUGUAGCAGAGUUAGGUAUAUAGAAACAUUGUUCUUAUUUUAAAACUAACACUAUGUGUUCAGUUUCCCUCUGGGCUUCUGAAAGUUGCCGUCUUCCCUCCCUGGCACUCCACUCGCUCUUGUGGUUAUACAAUAUGAGAUAAAAUGAAAGAUCUAAAGAGAGAAAUACCACCGUGGCUUGACACACACCUACGGAAGUACAUGUGUACAAAGGAUAGAGAUGCAAACGCAUCUGCAGAAAGUAAAAAUCGGCCCCAUUCUUCAAAACCCGAUUUCUUUGUGUUGGAAAAUGUGAGCAGAAAAGUCCUUUUUUCAUGUUAGUGCAUUUAUAGAAUUGAAUUCUAAAAUGUUGCAUGUUUUUCUGCGCUCAGGUUUAUGAAACUGGACCCACCCAAUCAAAUUUCAAUCCCAAGAGUUAGUAUGGUCAUGUAUUGGAACUCAACUGACUCGAAAUACCACUGGAGACUGUUUAAUUAAAAAGAUCUUAAACAAAUGCAUGAAUUUUGCUUUUUGAUGUAGGAAACAGUCCUGAGGGGAGGGAAUCUCGUGGCUAUUUUUGCUUUUUAAGAUUGCUUUUCUAAAAUUACUACCAAAAAUUCUCUUAUUUUGAUAGAGCCAGCUAUCUUAUAUUAUUGACCUUGUACCUGGAACAGUUUUCCAAAGAAACAUUCAUGGGUUUAUGGGUUGGUUGAUGUCUCUUGAUAUAUUGUCAUAAUCAAAGCAAAGUUCGAACAAAGGAAGGACUGUAUUCUAAUGUAAACUGUCAAUAUUCUUAAGAUCUAGUUAGGAAUCAUUUAGCAUAAAUAGGCUCAAGAUGCGGUGUUAUUUAGUCAAUAAUUUGCUUUGGAAGACAUGCAGUUAGCAGUAUUUUUGUAUUGGGGCAGAUAUACUUAGCAGACAAACUUUUGAGUUCUGUUCUCAUCUUUUUCCCAGAUCUUUUCUUGAAAAGGCAGAUGGUUUUUAUUACCAAAGGUUUUGACGAGUAUCUCAUGAAGGCGGCAUUUUAUAUUGGGCCCAAAUUUCCCCAUUCGGUAUAAAUUUGGUAGCCAGCUGUUCAAUUUGUGGAAGUUUUUAUUGGUUGUGCUGAUUUAUAACAGACACAAUUUUAUUGUCAAAUGCAGUUAUUUCAUUAAAUUCCCAGAGACAGUGAAUAAAUUUUUUAGCUAGAAAUUUUCUUGGAAAUGCAUGCCAGCAACACAAAAUACUGAAUGUAGGCAGAGGAAUAAAACUCUAAAAAUUGCAAGCAUCUUAUUAAUUAGUAGGUGACUUUGACUUAAUGAAUUAUUUUAAAUAAAAUGGAGGUGGAAAGUAAUUCUCAAAAACGGCCCUUUUCCUGGGGCAGGAUUGAGAUCCAUCGCCCAGCUCUUGUUAUCCCCACGGGGCUCAUCAGGAGCGGUCAUGGGACAGAGACCACGCGGAGCAACUUACCAUAGCCGGCCUCAUCCCGACUCGUCCCUCCGCUGGAAGGAUGGGGUGCCACUGGAGGUGACUUUUCUCACGAUGACGCAAACAGAACUACUUUGAAACAGGA